AUGACAACAAUCGAGUAUGGUGGGGGGCCAUCACUUGAGCAACGUCGGGCGUUUGCAAAUUUGGAAAGUGGUGGACAUGUGCCUGGAUAUAUGGGAUUUUGCCCACAAUUCAAGUAUAGAUAUGGUCAUACUUUUGGAAAAGAAACAUCAGACAUAGCUAAAGAUCUUCCAUAUUAUUCUGGGCCACGAAUUCAAGAACCACUUCGUUUUUUUCCUGUUACAGACGAAAACAGCAAAUUUGAAACUUUAAGAUCUAAUUUUAAAGAUCAUGUUUCCGAAAGAAUGUUACCAAAGCCAACAGGAGAUAAUAAAUAUACAGGGGAAAUGAUUCCAGGAUAUUCUGGGGAUAUACCUCAAAUGAAUUUCAAAUUUGGUAGAACAUAUCGUACUCUAUCUGAAGAAUGCGUUGACCAGUUAGUCAGAGAAUAUAAAUCUGCUGAGAUGAAACGAAAUAAAUUAAAAGAAUCAUCUAACUUAUUAACUAACCUUCAUCCUAUAGCACAUGACCCUUUAGUUAAGAAUCAUUUAAAUAUAUGGACAGAUGAUAUGGUGAAGAGGAACUCUGGUGUUGACUCAAACAAGCGUACAACUGAACCACCUAUUCCAGGUUAUAAAGGUUUUAUUCCUCGUAUGGAUACAACAGAACAUGGAUUGGCUAAACGUUUUCAUGAAGCCGCUCAAAGUAGCUUAGAAACAUUUAGAGCUGAAUGUAAAAAUCAUUUUGAUCAUAUUGAUAUGCCAGUGACUAGAUUAGAAACUUGUUCACGUCCACAUACUUCAAUACCAUAUAAACCAAAGAGUAAUUAUUAUAGUGCAAGAAUAUUUCAUCAAGAAGGUAUGAUACCAGAUUAUGAAGGUCAUAUUCAUGGUUAUCAAUAUCAUGUUGGUAAAAAUUUUGGUAAUACAACACGUGAUUUAGAAGUAUGUGCACAUCCAUAUUCAUGUUAUGGGGAAUAUGUGAAAAUAAAAGAUUUAACAUCAAAAUAUCUUUCAUAA